AGAAGAAGUAUACACAGAUAAAGAUCGUGCUGCGGCAGUUAAUAUGGGUACUCGUGAUAUUAUUCAAUCAUUAAAAAUAAAACGACGACAAGAUCGUAGUAAGAUGAUGCAAAUACCGGAAGAAGCUGAACCUAGUGCUAUGCUUGCACUUGGUACUCGUGAAAUGCGAUCAGGCGAUCUCAAUGUUGCCAUUAGCUGCAUAAAUAAGGCAUUAGAACUCAGCCCGAAUGAUAAGAAUGCAUUAUUGGCAAGAAGUAAAUGUUAUUUAUUGCUUGGGGAGCCACAAAAAGCUCUGGAUGAUGCUGAAGCAGCACUUAAUAAAAAAAUUAAGGAUUCAAAUAAUGCACGAGCAAUUUAUUACAAAGCUGAAGCGUUGUAUCAUCUUGGGGACUUUGAGCUGAGUCUUGUUUUUUACUAUCGAGGUAUGAAAGUCCGGCCUGAGUUCGACCAAUUUCGAUUAGGUGUACAAAAAGCCAAGGAAGCUAUUCAAAACAUUCUGGGUGACAAAAAUGCACCAAUAAAAGUCAAUUCUCAAACUGGAAUAGAAAAGAGUAAAAAAUCGAGAUCUGAGAGGACAUCAAUAAAGACUAUGAAAAUUGAGAAAAAGAGUCAUAUUCAAUCAUGCGAGGGUGAAAAAAAAAAUCAAUGUCAAAAACAAUUAUUGACAGACCCUAUUAACCAACAAAAUUCGUUUCUUCCCAAAAAACGUGGAAAUAGUAAUAUAAAUCUUCUUGGUCAACUCAAUGUCGACAAGAAAUAUCUUCAAGAAUUAAUAAAAAGGCCAGAUAUUAAGACUUCCAAUCAACAACCUGCUCAAAAUAUAUUGAAGUUGGCGGAAGAAGGAAUAUUUUUUUUAAUAAAUCGACAAGAAUUUUGGCGUCAACAAAAAACAGCUACUCAAUUAAUGACGGAUAAUAAGAUGCAUAGAUUAUAACAUGUUGCAAAAGUUUAUUUUAAUUGAUAUCAUAUUGAAUUUCCGUUACACAUUGUUCAUAUGAGACGGCUUAGAUGUUCUAGCUAAAGAAUUGCUUUCUCACUAUGCUUAUUUAAAAUAGAAUUCAUUUACCUCAUGUACAGUAUUGAAGAAUAUAGUAAGUUUUGUAUAUUUAGGGUGGCCACAAAGAAAUGAUUUCCAAAUUCCCUGAUAUUUUCCGGUUUUCCAGUUAAGUUUUUCACAUUUUUGCCUG